AUGAGUUCGUCAUCAAGAAAAAGAUUGGUUCAAUGGAGUCCACAUAAUAAAUCAUCCUUUAUUGUUGGAUCAAACGAUGUUAGAUUAUAUAGUUUUAAAUAUAAAAGAAAUAAUGAUUUCGAAACCAGUACAAAUGCGGGUACAGGAAUUAAUAAUAAUAAUAAUAAUAACAAUAAUAAUACAGAUAAUAGUAGCAAUAUUGAUAAUAAUGGUAUAAUAGAAAGUGUUACUAAUAAUAAUAGUAAUAAUAAUAUAAAAGAAAAUAAUAUAGUGGAUGGCCACAGUUUAGAAUUUACAAGUAAAUUAAAACAAAACACAAGAAAUAAAUAUGCAGAAACAUUUAAUUUUAAUAUAGAGUACCCACCAGAUGAUUGGGAGCCACAAGAAAAGAAAACAAUUUCAUUAAUUAGUAUAAAUUCAGAGGUACAGUCAAUGAAAUGUAUGUCUUGGUGUCCUGAUGAAACUGAUCAAAAUUUAGUUGCAUGUGGUUUAACUAAUGGUAGAACAUUACUCACUAGCUUUUCAUCUGUAAAUAGAGCCUUAAAAGAAUUGGUACCAAAGCAUACUAGAGCAUGUAAUGCUAUAACUUGGAAUCCUGUAUAUAAGAAUCAAAUAGCUGUAGGUUUAGAUAAAAUUAGAGCUGACACAUCAACAUUGGUUUGGGAUAUCAAUUAUUUACAAUCAGCCAAUAUAGCAUCAUCAUAUCAAUCAAAUAAUAGCAACAACAACAACAACAUAACCAAUAAAUUACAAAGAAUGUCGGUGGUUGAUCAACCAUAUUCGAUAUCCAGAAUUUCAGAUAAUAUUUUUAAUACAUCAACAGAUAGCCCAGAUACAAUUUAUCAACCAAUAGCAGAGUUUACACAAUCAGAAGCAACAUUGGCAUUAGCAUGGCUUCCAAAUAAUCCAUCAUGUUUACUUGUAGGUACAGGUUCAAAAUGGUUAAAGAUUUAUGAUAUUAGAGAUAUAAAUAAUGUACAAUCAGUUAUGGCACAUCAAAAAUCAGUUAAUGGGGUUUGCGUUGAUCCAUUCGAUUGUAAUAGAAUAGCAACAAUGAGUGAGGAUAGUCAUAUUAAAAUAUGGGAUCUUAGAAAUAUCGACGAACCAGUUAUGAUUGUAAAUAGUAAUUGUAAAUCAAUACAACAAAUAGAAUGGUGUCCAACUAGAUCCGGUGUUUUGGCUUCAGUUGGUAAAGAUAAAACUUCAGUUAAACUUUGGGACAUUAAAGCUCCAAUCGAAUAUUCAAAAUCACCAAAAUUAGACAGAAAAUCAUCCAAUUUAUUAGAUUUAAAUACAAUUUCAAAACCAACAAAAAGUCAUCAUUCAAAAGAAAUUAUUUCAUCAUUUUCAUGGCAUCCAACUAAUGAAUGUCGUAUGAUCAUAGUAUCUUAUUCAGGUGUUCUUGAAGCAGUUUCUUUAAAUGAAAACAUACCAAUAUCGUGGUCACCAAUGGGUUCAAUUUCUUUUUCAUUUGGAAAUAGUGUUAUUGAAGGUCCAACUAAAAACGAAACCUUAGAACCAAACUUAAAUUCUGAUGCCUAUAAAAAUUUAUAUAACGAUGGUAGAUAUGAUAAAGAUAUUUCAUUAAAAAUUAAAGAAAGAGCAAUUUUGGGUUAUAGUGCAGAGUGCGAGGAGAAUGUAAAUUUAGCACCAAAGAUUAAUGAUGAAAACAUUAAUUUCCUUUGGAAUUGGAUUCAAAAAGUACCAAUUCAAAUUCAAAAUCAUAAAAAGAAAAUAAAUACCGAUGCAAAUACACCAGGAGGUAUAACCAGUCCAUUAUCAACUGCGCUAUCAUCAUCGUCCUCAUCAAGUGAUAUUCAAAAUUUAAAUAAUGACUAUAUUGGUAUUUAUCAUAUUUUAACGGAAAAAGAAUCAACAGUAGAGUCACAGAGUGGAUUUUUAAUUCAUAAAUCAAAUAAUAGAUUUUUAUGUGCAUCGAUUUGCGGUUGGGGAUUUAACCAAAAUUUACCUCUAGAAAAUAUGUUAUCAAGAUUAGAAAAGAAUGGUGAAUAUGAAAGAGCAGCAGCUAUGGCAGUAUUCCAUUUAGAUAUAAAGAGAGCAAUGUUAGUUUUAACCAACGCAGUUUUUAAUAUUAAUCCAAAAACUCAACUUAAUCAUCAAAAUCAUUGUAUUACAAAAGAGCGUGAAUUUAGUCUUAAAGUUUUAUCAAUCGCUUUAGCUGGUUUUGGGGGUGAUCAACAUAAUGCAAAUGCAAAUUCAAUUUGGAGAGAUGCUUGUAAAUCAACUGCUAAAUCUUUUACCGAUCCAUAUUUAAAAACUUGUUUAGAGUUCCUCUGUUCCUCAUCAGAUUCAAGAGAAAUUUAUUCAAUCAUAGAUGAUUCUUUGAUUAAUUUGGAUGAUAAAAUUGCUUUUUCUUGUAGAUAUUUAGAUUCUAAAGAUUUAAUUAAUUUUGUUGAAAAAAAUACAGCCAGAGUUAUUGAAAGUGGAAAUUUAAGAGGUGUUUUAUUAACAGGUUUAACUAGUAGGGGUGUCGAUUUACUUCAAAAUUAUAUCGAUAAGACAUCAGAUAUUCAAACAGCAGUGUUAUCAAUUAGUAUGGUUGUACCAAAGAUAUUUAGAGAUAAAAGAGUAACUAAAUGGUUAUCAAUUUAUAGUGAUCUUUUAGACAAUUGGGGAUUAUGGCAUCAACGUGCUAUACUUGAUAUUCAACGUAUUAACUCUGUUGAACCACCACCACAACCACAAAUUUUUGCCAAAUGUGGUUAUUGCCAGAAUUCAUUCUCAUUCGAAUCGGUUACUGUAAGUUCAAUGCUCGGUAGAAAUGCAUCAAAUAGACCAAGCUUUAAAGCAAGAGUACCAUUUUGUCCACACUGUAAACAAUCAUUACCACGUUGUUGUCUUUGUUUGUUACCAUUGAAUUGUAUGGUACCAUCACCAGAUUUCAAAAGAGCAGGCCAACCAUUACAACCAACUCCAGCACAACCACCUCAAAUGAGUUUACAACAACAACGUCAUCACCAUUUACACGGUCAUGGUCCACCUCAUCAUAUUAACAGUCAACAGGUACAACAGCAGCAACAACAACAACAACAAAUGCUUCAGCAACAACAACAACAAAUUCUUCAACAACAACAACAAUCAACCGAGUUUUGGUCUGCUGGUUCCGAACCUUUUGAUGAUUGGUUUACUUGGUGCCAAACAUGCAGACAUGGUGGUCAUUCACAACAUAUUUUAGAUUGGUUUAAAGAUCAUAUUACUUGUCCUGUUACUGAUUGCACUUGUAAAUGUUCAUCAUUAUAA